GUGCGAUAAACAACUACGCAGGCAGCAAGCAAAAAAAUAUGCAUUAAGUUAUAAUUAAGCAAUUUCCAUUUAAAUUAGUAAAAAGUUAGUCAAGCCACAAUUAAAUCAUGGCAUCCGCAACGGUAAGAAAUGUGCCAUUGCUAGACGAUGAUACGAUACCUUUUGGGGAGGAGGACGAAAUGCGCGAUCCCAGCACUGCGGCCCAGAAAUACACGCAUCCGUAUGUCACCUUCUUUCACCUGUUCUUCCGCGGCGCAUCAAUCGUCAUUUACAUGUUCUGCGGCUGGUUCAGUGACUCCUUCAUCACUAGCUUUGUAUUCGUUGUGCUAUUUCUAUCCGCCGACUUCUGGACAGUGAAGAAUAUAUCGGGCAGACUUCUGGUCGGACUGCGUUGGUGGAACUAUGUUGAUGACGAUGGCAAAUCGCAUUGGGUGUUCGAGUCGAAAAACUCUCCAUCCUACCAGAGCCGUAUCAACAAGCACGAGCAGCGCAUAUUCUGGUUGGGGCUAAUUCUCUGCCCGUUGUUUUGGGGUCUCUUCUUUCUGAUGGCAUUGUUUGGACUGAAGUUCAAAUGGCUGUUGUUGGUCAUGAUUGCCAUAGCACUUAAUGCGGCCAAUCUCUACGGAUAUAUCAAGUGUAACUAUGGUGCUAGCAAAGAUUUGAACAGCGCCGCCACCGACUUUGUCAAAACGCAAUUCUUUAAAAAUGCAGUCGACAUGAUGACCAAACCCAGUGGGGCACCUCCACCGACCAAUGUGCGCCCAACUGGCGUUGUCUGAACGUGAAUGCAAGCCUUCUUGCCAACAUAAGCUGCGGCGCAUUCCAAAGAGUAUGUAGAGUUUAUGGUCGUUUUCUGUGUAACAUAUGUAAAACUUAAUUUAGCAUUAACUUUUCUUACAUUUACGUUGCUUUUUAUUGAGUAAAGAACAUAUGUA